CAGCCUCCGGUCUCCAUCCUGCAAGAGCAGCAGCAGCAGCAGCCUCCUCCUCUUCCUCCGCGAUCCAAAGCAGCCGCAUCGCGCGCAAAGGCCGGGGCCAUGGCGGUGGACGAGGCAGGCGCGGGCGGCGGGGCGGCGGCGGCGGAAGGCUCGGAGGCCGCCAGCCCGGGCUUGCUGAUGGAGAUCGUCAGCUCGCCGCUCAACCUGAGCCUGCUGGGCCUCUGCCUCUUCCUGCUCUACCAGAUCGUGCGCGGGACCGGCCGCGCGCCCACCGAGGGCGAAGAGGAGCCGCCGCCGCCGCCGAAGCUCAAGCGCCGCGACUUCACCCUGGCUCAGCUGCGCCCCUUCGACGGCCAGAACGACCCGCACAUCCUCAUGGCCAUCAACGGGAAGGUCUUCGACGUCAGCCGCGGACGGAAGUUCUACGGGCCCGAGGGACCUUACGGCAUCUUCGCUGGAAGAGACGCUUCCCGCGGCCUCGCUACUUUCUGCCUCGAUAAAGAAGCUCUGAAAGACGAGUACGACGAUCUCUCGGACCUGGACGCUACGCAGAGAGAAACUCUGAGCGAUUGGGAGCAGCAGUUUACGUUUAAAUAUCACUACGUCGGCAAGCUGCUGAAGGAUGGGGAAGAACCGACAGUCUAUUCCGACGAAGAAGAGACGAAGGAUGAGAAAGACCGCAAGAAUGAUUAGCGAACGGACCAAGGAGCCUCCCCAAUGCUAGCUGGUUUCUUUGCUUUUAAUUUUUAAGGGACAUUUUUAUCAUAUCACACCACACCCCUCUCUAUUUUACCCUUUCUUAAUAUCAGCCGUUUUUAGACAUCUUAUUACUUGCAAUGACAUUGGUCUCAACGCUGCACUUUUUAAACAACGUUCCUAGGUAACUCAGUGCUAACUUUUUUCCAGUGCGGGCCACGGGGCUCGCGGGCAGUAGAGAAAUGGCCAUAACUGGCUGGUGGUAUGUAAAGGACCUCACCAGCCAAGGAAUGGCCGUAGGAUUUCCCUUUCGUUUAAUGGCGCUUGGCAGGAUGUCACUCUUGAGGACCCUGUUGAACGGACAUUGCAACGUCUGAAGGUUGACCCUGGACCAGAAAAUAUCUCCUUGUAGGUAGAUACUGCCCUGUCCUUCAACCCCUUUUGGGUUGGUGGGCAUUCAGAAAGGCUCCCUGUAUUUUCCCAGCCCUUUUCUCUAUCCUUCUUCCUUUUAUACAAACUUGUCUUCCUAAGAUUGCCCCUUCGCUUGUGUUAUCCUUUGACUGAACUUCGUCCUUCACACGGAUUCCUUUCCCCGUGUGCAUUUUCUGCCGGGAGGUUAUCUCAUUUCUGAUCCUUAGAAAUGCAGAAUGUAGUGGGUGGUUUUAUUAUCUUUUUCUUUUUUUUAAAUCCUAGCUCAUGUAGCAUUGGAAGCGGUUUGAAAAGUGGUUUUUAUAGAGAUACUUCUUCGCACCCAACUGAUGGGGGCCCUAGCUUUGAAACAAAACAACUUUCUCUUUUUUUCAAAAAAGGAUGCAAUACUUUUAUUAUAAAACAGUAGAAUAAAGAUA